AUGCCGAACAUUCCAAAGAACAAGAGCACUUCCGAAGUUGUUCGGGGUCUACGGCUGCUCCGCCUCGCACGGGCCCUGCGCAUGGUCGGGCGGCUGAAGGUCAUCUGGCGCUUGGUCUACGGCCUGCUCACGGCGGGGCAGACGAUGCUGUCCACGACCUUGCUCAUUUUCCUGGUCCUCUUCAUCUGUGGCUGUGUGGCUGUGGAAAUCAUCACGAAGAGUGAGGCCUUGAACCAGGAUCCCGAUGCAAAGCUCGUGGUGGCACGCCACUUUCAGAACCUUCCGACUUCGAUCCUCACCCUGGCGCAGUUCGUGACGCUCGACUCCAUUGCAGAAGUCUACUUCCCCAUCAUCGUGGCACAGCCCCUCUUGUUCAUCUUCUUCCUUCCGAUUCUGAUGUUCGUCUCCAUCACGCUGAUGAACUUGAUCACGGCGGUGCUGGUCGAGAACGCGUUAGAGUUCGCAGCCCACGAGGCGGAGGCGGAGAGGAUCAAGACGAAGCAGCGGGUAAAGGAUGCGCUGCCCCAGCUCCUGGAGAUCUUUAAUGAGAUCGAUGAGGAUGCCUCUGGCUGCGUCACGCACGACGAGAUUCAGAAGGUUUCGGUGGACGUUUUGCCCCCGCGACUUCUCGAGACGGUCUCUGUGGACAGCAUGGGCGACCUCUUUGAGCUUCUGGACGUAGACGGCAGUGGCCGGCUCAGCCGCGGGGAAUUCGUGGAGGGCCUCCUGAACCUGGUGCUCAUGGACGUGCCCAUCUGGACGAUUCAGUCUCUGAAGCUCCUCCGACUGAUUCGAGGCCAGACGCUGAAGUUGGAGGAGGAGCUGUUUGCUCUGAAAGUCUACGUUUCCAAAGACAGCUGA